AUGAAUUGGAGCUGUCCAAAAAAGGCAGAGGAUGUUUUCCUGAAAUGCGGACUCCGAUUAGACAACCUUCCUUUGGUCUAUGAUUCGCAAAAUUUGCCAACGACGGAGGAAAAGUGGAAUAAGACAGUAUUCUUUUCAAAGCAAUUUGGCAGCUAUCAGUGGCCAGACUUCAUAAACGUUGUUGUCUACGCUUCUCAGCCUCAACUAAAUCGAAAGCCUCUGAAUGAGAGCGAAAAGGCAAUAGUUGAAGCUUUUGAAAAUGAGUCGUUUUAUAACAAGUGGAUUGAUUUGCUUCUGAUCGAAAAGCAUGACAGCAAAGAAGUCAAUGAUAAUACCUACCUGCUUCGAAACUUUCCUGCCAGCGAAGUUAUAUUCAACAGAGUCACCAAAACCUUAGCAGAUCUUUUGAAGAGCAGAAAGAGGGCCGAGCAACGGUUGGCCGCUGAAAUUUUUACGGGAGUUUCUAAAGGUACAAAAUAUAUUGGUUUCAAAAAGCUGAAUAAAUUAUGGAGUUGGUUGGCGCCGGCUGUUGAUCAUCUCUACGACCAUAUGAAUGCAGAUGCAUACUCAACAUGGCAGAACUGCAUUAUAGAUGUUCUUCACCGCGAUGAUACAAGAAGAUUCUGGUGGCUUAUUGAACGCCUUCUUUCCAGUAUGACACGUCCCGCACCUACUGCUUGGCAUCAGGGAAUCCGCUCUCAAGUGCUACUAGCCACCGACUGGCGUGAAACUGAAACACGCAAGAGAAUCUGUGAUAUAGCAUGGAAAAGCUUGCCAAAAGCUACUAUUGAAACGCAACGCUUGGGAGUAUCAGCGUAA